AUGGAAGAUAGAAGUGGUGACGUUGAAAUCCAUCGCCAUGGCCAUCCCACCAAAACCACCAAAGGAGGAUGGCAUGCUGCCAUCUUCAUCAUAGCAAUGGAAGCUGCAGAGCAAUUUGCAUAUAUUGGUUUGAGUGCAAGUUUAAUAUUGUACCUCACAGAUAAAUUUCAUGAGCCACUUACAGUAGCUGCUAAGAACAAAAACACUUGGGUUGGUGUUUCUUCACUGUUCCCUUUGCUUGGUGGCUUCAUUGCUGAUUCAUAUCUUGGUCGAUUCAAUACAAUCAUCAUCUCAUCCCUCAUUUAUCUCUUGGGCAUGAUAGUGUUGACACUAUCAGUCACAGUACUGAAAAACAAGAAGUUGUUCUUUACCGCACUUUAUGUGUUGUCUGUCGGCAACGGCGGGCACAAACCGUGCGUACAAACAUUUGCCGCCGAUCAGUUUGCUGAAGACACAUUGGAGGAAAGAGAUGCCAAAAGCUCAUUCUUCAACUGGUGGUACCUAGCAAUUGUAAUUGGUUCCGUUUUUGCCGUGUUCGUCGUCUCGUAUCUGCAGGACAAUGUAAGUUAUGCUGUAGGGCUUGAAGUAUUGGUAGCAAUGUUGGUAGGAGCAUUGGUGUUGUUCAUUUUAGGAAUGAAAAGGUAUUCCAUGGAAAGCCCGAAAGGGAGCCCAAUCACAAGUAUUGCCCAAGUUUUUGUUGCUGCAUCUUGUAAGUGGCGCGUGAAGGACACGCACCGCCCUGAAAAUUAUUGGUAUGGCCACGAUCAUGGUAGCUUCCAUGAUCGUUCCGAAUCUCCACCUAAAAUUCAGACUUUGGUCCACACUGAUCAAUACAGAUUUUUAGACAAAGCAAUGAUCAUUGAUGAACAUGAUACUUCAAGCAAAACUAUAAACCCAUGGAGACUAUGCACAAUGACUCAAGUUGAAGAAGUGAAGCUUGUGAUUCGUCUCAUUCCUAUAUGGCUAAGUUGCUUAAUGUUCACAGUUGUUCAAACUCAACUAUCAACAUUUUUCACCAAACAAAGUAGCACAUUAAACAAUUCAAUUGGACCACAUUUCAAACUUCCUCCAGCAUCACUUCAAGGCUUUGUUGGAAUUGUAAUCUUGUUUGCAGUUCCAAUCUAUGACAAAAUUUUUGUCCCAUUUGCUAGAAAAAUUACACGACAUCGCUCCGGAAUAACGGUUUUACAAAGAAUUGGAGUUGGUCUUUUUUUGUCAAUAUUUACAAUGGUUUUUGCAGCUCUUGUGGAGACUAAAAGGGUUCAUGUUGCAAAGAAUCAUAAUCUCAUAGAUAAUACUAAAAAAAAUAUAUUACCAAUGAGUAUUUGGUGGUUAUUACCUCAAUACACUAUUCUUGGAAUUUCUGAUGCUUUCACAAUUGUUGGAUUACAAGAAUUGUUCUAUGAUCAAAUGCCAAUUGCAAUGAGAAGUUUGGGAGCUGCAGCAUAUUUAAGUAUAGUUGGAGUUGGAAGUUUUGUUAGCAAUGGUAUUAUAAGUGUUGUAGUGGAAAUUACUUCAAAGGUUGGUGGAAAAUGGUUGGGAGAUAAUUUGAAUAGGGCACAUCUUGAUUACUUUUAUUGGGUUUUGGCUGUUUUAAGUGCUAUGAAUCUUUGUGUUUAUUUGUGGAUAGCCAAAGAUUUUGUGUACAAGAAGAGGCAUGUGGUUGAAACAAGUAUGGUGGAGUCAAACACCUAG